AAGCCGCUAUUCAUGCAAUGAGCCAGAUCUUUAGUGAAGAGGAUACAGAUGCAGUACUACUGAUCGAUGCAAUUAACGCCUUCAAUCAGAUGAACCGGUCAGUAGCCAUGCAUAAUAUCYGGAUUACCUGUAAAGAAAUAUCCUUGUACGUAAUUAAUACUUACAGAAGCCCUUCCAGGUUGUUUAUAUGUGGUGGUGGAGAGAUCCUAUCUCAGGAGGGCACCACACAAGGCGACCCAUUAGCCAUGYCAUGGUAUUCGGUAAAUACAUCCACAAUAAUUCAAACUUUAAGAACUUUUWUUCCUGAUGUAAAGCAGGUGUGGUUAGCUGAUGAUUCUGCGGGAGCAGGAAGAAUUGUCUCUUUAUUUAAUUGGUAUAAAAACCUGGAACAAGAGGGCAAAAAGUAUGGAUAUAUUGUUAAUGGGUCCAAAAGCUGGUUGAUCGUGAAGUCGGAAGCUUUGGCUUUGGAAGCGAAACAGGUAUUUGGAGAAGAGGUUAACGUCACAAGCGAAGGCAAACGUCACCUUGGAGCUGUUAUUGGAUCAAAGAUUUAUAAAGACCAAUUUUGCAACGAGAAAAUCUACAAGUGGAAAGAAGAAUUACAAACCCUCUCAGAGAUUGCAAGSUGCCAGCCACAAUCGGCCUAUAUCGCAUUUACAAAGGGAUACAAAUCCAAGUUUACAUACUUCAUGCGAACAAUUGAAUCUUUUGAGGACUAUACUGAUCCUGUUGAUAAUGUGAUAAAUGAAAUGCUUCUUCCAACGCUUUUCGGUCAAACAGAACCACUACCUGAAGAGCUGAGUAGGCUUUUUACCUUAUCCCCUGCGGAAGGAGGCUUAGGGAUGCCUGCACUAAAAGAACAGGCUCCACAGCAAUAUGCGGCAUCACUUCUAAUAACAGCUUCACACACUGAGGCUAUUAAAACGCAGAGCAAAACGAUGUAUACGACCACAGAAGAUGUGAAAAAACAACAUCAAUCACUAAAAGCUGAAAUCUCUAAAUCGAAAAUGGAUGAAAUCGAUGCAGCAUUACCACCUGACAUACUCCGUCAAGUAACCCAAGCAAGAGACAAAGGAGCAAGCUCAUGG